AUGUCCCUAACAACAGGCACUAUCGACAGCGAUACCGACCACGACGACCUCAAUGACGACGACGAGGCAGACCUGGAUCAAAUGAACGAACGCUCGUCUAUAAAUCAAGACGCCCAUCAAGACAAUCUCUCACCAUUACCAUCGACUUCGAGGCCGAAAAAAGCUUUGAAAACCGCCAUAGCGCAUGGGAAAACUGAGCCGCACUUUCGAGCUAAUGGCGCUUUGCGGCAGGGCGUGGCCCCGCGCUUACUGUCAGUGGAAACAAUCGGGAUUCUCGCUCAAUAUGCCGCUGUGGGUCUAGUUUACGGCGUCUUGCCCAGCACAAUCACCCCUUUUUUGACCUACUACUUGAACAUGGAAGGGACGGCUACGACAUCGGCACGAGCGCUCCUGUCCAUUCCUUGGAGUUUUAAGGUGGUGAUUGGCGUGGUGUCGGACUGUGUACCACUUUUUGGGUACCGUCGACGGCCAUAUAUGGUGCUCGGCUGGUCGGUGACAGUAGUGUGUCUCCUGGCAAUGGCUGCGUCGCCACUUGAAAGACCGUACUUUUCUGACCCGGCUAUGCGUCAAGUGAAGCCAACCGAGUACUCGCUUGAUAUGAUCCAGUCGCUGAACAAAAGUGCACCUCAUAGUGGAGCCAAGUAUAUUGUGCUCAUGAUGUUUGCAACACUAGGAUAUGUCUUUGCAGAUGUCGCGGCUGAUGCUGUUGUUGUUGAGAUUGCGCAAUGUGAACCAGAAGAAACUCGAGGACGGACGCAGACAGCGAUUUAUACGGUGCGCACACUAUUUAAUGUCGUGGCGCAGACGAUUACAGGCUUUGGACUGAGCUCACCAGACUAUGGCGGGAGUUUUGAGUUUGGUCUUUCGUUUCCAGACACGAUGCUUCUAUUGGCCGUGUUCUGUGUGCCAGUGAUUCCAAUGACAUGGAUGUUUGUCCGUGAAGAAGUUGUUUUCGAGCGACAAAAAUUCCAUACGUAUCUUGGCAAUCUGUGGGCUGCUAUACAGAGUCGAGCAGUGUACCAAGUAAUUGCUUACAGUUUCUUGUCGGGCGUCUUUAGUAAAUUCACCUACGUGGCUCAGGACCCCAUGACGUCGUAUUGGGUUCAUGCCACAAGCUUUAACUUGAGCUUGAGCAGUAUCUUUGGCAGUUUAGUGACAGUGGUCACGCUCACGCUGACAGGCAAAUACGGGCUGCAUUGGAAUUGGCGGACGAUGCAAAUAGUGACGAUGGUGAGUGUGAUCGCACUUGACGCCACAUGCACCAUGCUGGUGACGUGGAACAUUGUCCGUAAGCAGUGGUUUUGGCUUGGUGUAUCCAUUGUGGAGGCAGUGCCGGAUGCGGUUGGGUUCAUCAUUUCGACGUACGUCGUCGUGGAGCUAGCUGGUCACGGUAAUGAGGGAGCGAUUUACGGCUUGUUGACCACAGUGAGCAAUCUAGGCGGGCCGUUUGCCCUCACGCUGACCAAGAACGUGAAUGCAGCUUUCAAAGUGUACAACGAGGACAUCUUGAACGAUACUGAGGAGGUGCGUCGCGACGUGACGAUUACAAUCCUGAUAUCGUACGUCAUGAAGUUGCUGGCACUUCUUUUUCUACCGCUGCUGCCUCGUCAAAAGGCUGAAGCGCAGGCACUUAAAAAGUCGGGAGGAAGCAGUCGACGCAUGGGCGCACUUACAAUCACAUAUCUAUUGGUCGCGCUUGUGUGGGCGAUUCUAACAAACUUGCUGGGCAUUUUCAAAAGCACUCGAUGUUGGGUCAUUACCGGCGGCUGCAAGGAGUAA